ACUAUAAAAAUGACCCGAGGAAAUCAAUAGGGAUUCAUUUCAACGUUGGCCUUGUGGUCAAGUAAAAGAAAAGAAAACUUUUGCUUUAAGUUUACCUAAAAAACCUGUUUCCAGCUGUGGUAUUGUCAUGAGAUGCACGUACGUUCCGUUGAGCUUCGUGCUCUGUGCCGUUGCCAUCGUUGGGUGUUGGCCUCUUCAUCCGCUGGAGCCAUCAACGGAUGAGCUUUCUGUGCCCAUUUCAUCAUUUCAAUCACCACUAGAAGAAUUAAUUAUGGGUGGAUUUUUGAGCCGUGCCAGACGUCGAGAAGACAAAGAAGAGACUAGUCCAAGGUUAAAAUCUGAGGCCGAGGCAAAACCGGAUCAAAACGAGAUUGAGGUUAAUCGACACAGAAAACAAAUUGCUGAGUCGCAGCCGAGUUCUGACGAACUCACAGUUGGAGUCGACCCAAUCGAAGAAUGUGAAUCAUCAGAAUGCGUUGAUUUGGUUCGGUCUGAGGAGAUGCCAGCUGAUGAAAUUUCGCUUGCCUUCGAUGCCGAUCCAGUUCCCGAACUACCAAGUCAUCCAGCAUCCGAGGAGGAGGUAGUAGACGUUGAAACUGAAGAACAGGAUAAUAAUCGAGACGUGAAAACCUCUCCACACCAUCAUGAUGAAAUCCAGGAAUCGUCUUUCAAUGACAAUGAAAAUGAUGUGAACGUGGAUGUUUCUCGGGAACAACACCACCCGGACUCGUCUCUCCAUAAGAUGGAUGAACCUUUAACAGAUUUUCCGUCCAAGGAAGAAGAGGUUACCGUCGAGGAACCAGAAUACGAACGAGACGUGAGAUCGCCUUCCACAAUCCCGUUUACCUUUCCGCAACAGAUUCUUUUUGAUGAGGAUGCGGACGUGAUUGUGGACGUAUUAAGUGAAGAACCUCGCCCAUUUGAUCCAUCCAUACAUUUGAUGGCUGAACCGGUUAUUUUUCAUCCGCAACCGUUACCUGUCGAAGACGUGAUCGAGUUGGACUUGGACAUUGAUGACGAAUUGAUAAAAAGGAAGAAGAGAACUCUCCAGAAUCCUAAUAAUAUUCAUCCGGAAUUGAUAGAGUCACAGCCAGGACUCGACGAUGAGGACUUGAUUGACUUAAACGUGGAUACGUACAAGCGGAAGAAACGAGCGCGGAAGAUCCCACACCAUCAGACAGUGCUGGACAACCCAAUCUGAAGCUGAUCAAUUCAAAGAAAAUCUUCGUUAUACAUUUCAUUUACAGAAUACCAAAAUACACCUGCCAUGAAUGUCA